GUAUACUGAGGAGCCUACUGGCUGUACUGUUGUAAAAACCACCGAAGGCGCACAACCAUUUGACUGAAGAGCAACUGACCCUAUCUGGACUAACAGAUGACCACAGAGACAGAAGAUGACUUUUAUCAGUCGGAGGACGAUUUGGAUGAAGAUGAGGCAACCCAAUAUAUAAUUGAACAAAGUCUGAUUGAAUAUAGAAAGCUCAAAGGAUUGAACCCAAGUGAUCUGAAAGCCAGUGAAGACCCUGAUGAGAUCUUCCAAGCAAUCAAGGAGGGUGAUGAAGAUACACUGAACAGACUGGCAGUGCAACCAGAGUCUCUGUCCAGAGUAGACGAGCGAGGAUGGAUCCCGCUGCAUGAGGCUGCAGCGCACGAGAAUAAAAGGAUACUAGAGAUUAUCUUCUCAGCAUCACCCCCAGGUGCAGCCCAGUGUCGCACUCUAAAGGGUGAGACGCCCCUGUUUCUGGCUGUGGUUCAUGGACUCAGAGACAACGCCACAUUCCUGUUACAGAACGGUUGUAGCCCGGAUCUCCAGAAUGAUGAGCAGGAUUCUCCAUUAGUGGCAGCUAUUAUGAAUGACCAGUACGACUUGGCCACACUAUUGCUUCGCUACAGUGCCAAAGUAGACCAAACAGGACCACUGAACAGGACAGCUCUACACGAGUCAGCUUUUUUAGGCCUGGAGAACUUUGUCUAUUUGCUCCUGCAAUCUGGUGCCAACCCAAAUGCUUGUGACAUCAAACAGAAAACUCCCCUAGCUCUGGCUGCACAGAAUGGACAUCUGAACGUGGUGGAAGUCCUCAUAGAAAAAGGAGCCCAUGUGUGGUGUGAAUCGGAGUCAGGCACUAUCCUGUUUGAUGCAGCAGCGUCAGGAAACCCUGACGUAAUCUCCUUGCUGCUGGACCAUGGGGCAGAUCCCAACAUACCUCUUUACAGUGGGCACCUGCCAAUUCACCGUGUGGCCUACCAUGGACACAUACUGGCACUGGAGCACCUCAUCCCAGUCACCAAGCUCGACGCUGUAAAGGAAAGUGGGAUGAGUCCUCUCCAUUCUGCAGCCGCUGGCGGACAUGCCCAAUGUGUGGAGAUGCUGCUCAAAGCUGACCAUGAUCCAAACUUCAUGCUGCACCCCAGGGUGCGCCACAACUAUGACGAUGAGCGCAGGUCUGCCCUCUUUUUCGCUGUGUCCAACAAUGACCUUCAGUGCACCCGCUUGCUGUUAGAUGCUGGGGCAAUGGUGAACCAGGAUCCUAUCAACUGUUUGCAGGUGGCUCUUAGACAGGGCAACUAUGAACUCAUCAACACAUUGCUGAAGUUUGGGGCAAAUGUAAACUACUACUCCCGCGUCAACACCACUCACUUCCCUUCAGCACUGCAGUAUGCCUUGAAAGACGAGGUCAUGCUGAGAAUGAUCCUGAACCACGGGUACGAUGUGAAGCGUUGCUUUGACUGUCCGUAUGGCGAUAGUUCCCAUGACUACGCUGCUUGGACGACCUCCAUCAUCAAAGACAUGGUGUUCUGUGAGGUGAUAACAGUGUCCUGGCUUAAGCACUUAUCUGCUCAGGUGGUGCGCAUCAUGCUCGACUACACCGACCACGUCUCCUUCUGCACCAAACUUAAGGAGACAUUAGAGGAGCAGAACCAGUGGCCGGAGAUCUGUCACAUUCAACGAAAUACACGGAGCCUGAAGCAUCUGUGUCGGUUACGGAUAAGGGCUCAUCUCAUUCGCCUGCGCAUGAGAGCCCCAGUUUUCAUCAACUUCCUUCCUCUUCCUCCCAGGCUGAAAGAUUAUCUACGCUACAAGGAGUUUGAUGUCUACAGCAGAGGCAGCUUGGUUAACCCACAGUGAAAACACAUUCACAGUUGUCACAGAUGCCACUGUGAUAGAGGGACAAAGACAGUAGCCUACAUGUUUUAUGUACUUUGUGUUUUGCAAUAUUAGGCUAUUUAUACAAAACUGUAUGCACUUUUGAGUUCUUUAUUUUAAAAAGCUACAGUAACAUGCCAUGUAAAUGUGCCUCUUUGUUAUAGCAACAUUUUGAGAAAAAGAAAAAUGCAAAUAAUGUAUAGCCCAUUAUUAUUAUCACUGGUGAAUUCAGGGAACGGGCACUGGAGACGUCCGCAUCCCUUGGUGCCCCCUGUUUGAAAAAAACACUGCAAAAGUGCCCUCUUGGAUGCCUCUAAGGGCCCUAUGGUAGAUAAAACAUGAUGCAGUGCCCUCUAGGGUGCCCUUAAAUGGAGAAAAUUAAAAAAAAGCCCUCCCAUAGAGAAAGAAUGUUGCAGUGCCCUCUAGGGUGGCCUUAAAUGAAGAAAACUUGAUAAAGUGCCUUCUAGGGUGCCCUUACAGUAGAGAAAACAUGAUGCAGUGCACUUUAGGGUGGCCUUCCAUGAGAGAAAACAUGAUGCAGUGCCAUAAAGGGUGGCCUUAAAAUUGAGGAAACAUGAUGCAGUGCCAUAAAGGCUGCCCUACAUGCUAGAAAACUGUCUGUGCGCUGGUGCCCCACCACAUGCAGCUGGUGAGUCCACCACUGAUUAUUAUAGCCUAAUUGUUAGGCUAUUAUUUCACACCCAGAGUCUUAUUGUAAUUAGAGUAUUCGAUGUUAUCAUGUGAAUACAGAAAAUUUCAAAGGAGAGGCAUGAAAGCAUAAAACCUGUAUGCAAUUAAAACGUUUAUGACGUAAUCAAAAAUAUUUAAAAUUGCACGAUUCUUUAGUCUUUCUUGUGAGAUGGACGAAUGGAGGAAUCUGUGCCUCUUUGUCAUCACCUGGUGGUGUAAUGAAGUAUUGCAAGAG